CCGUUUUAGUUGCUAUAGCGACAUGUUUCCCUAACCCUCUCCGUUUUUUUCUUCUUCUUCCUCUCAUCACCCACCCUUGCUUUUGUGCGUGCGUGUGUAUGUGUGUGUGUGUGUGCGCGUGUUGGUAGGUCCACAAUGUUUCACAGGCAGCAGCAGCAGCAUCUUGCAGCACGCAGAACGAUGCUUGCCAGCCGGUGAACGAGGAGUGAUUCAGCAUCCGUUUUUUUCUGUUGCUCAACGCCACGAUUGUUUUGUGAGAUUUAUUUUUGUAUUGUUGUCGCGCUUUUCCCAUCAGCAGCCUUUCACCCGUCAUUCCAAGCAAGGUCACCGUAGAGGGAAAAGAGAGUAUAACGAUGUUUCCAGUCGGAAUUUUUUGAGCAGGACUGGACCAGGACUGUUCCCGGACUCGGAUCGGACCGUCAUCAGCUGGCACGGAAUGGUAUUUAUGAGCAGACAUUUCUUAUACAACUGCAGCCAACCCAUCCUGGAUGUGAAGAUAGCUUUUUGUCAGGUGUGUGUUCCUUACAGGUAAAAAUAAGGGUUUUGGAAAAGAAGUGGAUGUGUCAUAUAUCGGCAAGCAUUACAACAUGAGUAAAAGCAAAGUGGACAACCAGUUCUACAGCGUGGAAGUGGGAGACUCUACCUUCACAGUCCUAAAGCGCUACCAGAAUCUCAAGCCCAUUGGCUCGGGGGCCCAGGGCAUCGUAUGCGCGGGCUACGAUGCGGUCCUGGACAGAAAUGUGGCCAUCAAAAAGCUGAGCAGACCGUUCCAGAACCAGACGCACUCUAAGAGGGCGUACCGGGAACUAGUGCUCAUGAAAUGUGUCAACCACAAAAACAUCAUCAGUUUAUUAAAUGUUUUCACACCACAGAAAUCAUUAGAGGAAUUCCAAGAUGUGUAUCUCGUGAUGGAGCUAAUGGAUGCCAACCUGUGCCAGGUGAUCCAGAUGGAGCUGGACCACGAGAGGAUGUCCUACCUGCUCUACCAGAUGCUCUGUGGCAUCAAGCACCUGCAUGCCGCCGGCAUCAUCCACAGGGACCUGAAGCCAAGCAAUAUCGUGGUAAAGUCAGACUGCACCCUGAAGAUCUUGGACUUCGGCCUGGCCAGGACAGCUGGCACCAGCUUCAUGAUGACCCCCUACGUGGUGACCAGAUACUACAGAGCGCCAGAGGUCAUCCUGGGCAUGGGCUACAAGGAGAACGUCGACAUAUGGUCAGUGGGAUGCAUUAUGGGAGAAAUGGUGCGCCACAAAAUACUCUUCCCAGGCAGGGACUACAUCGACCAAUGGAACAAGGUCAUAGAGCAGCUGGGCACACCGCAAGCAGAGUUCAUGAAGAAGCUGCAGCCCACGGUCCGCAACUACGUGGAGAACCGGCCAAAGUACGCCGGCCUCACCUUCCCCAAGCUCUUCCCAGACUGCCUGUUCCCGGCAGACUCUGAGCACAACAAACUCAAAGCCAGUCAGGCCAGAGACCUGCUGUCCAAGAUGCUGAUCAUAGACCCCUCUAAGAGGAUAUCAGUGGACGAGGCCCUGCAGCACCCCUACAUCAACGUGUGGUACGACCCAGCCGAGGUGGAAGCGGCCCGAGAUCUCGUCCAAAUAUCAAUGCCUCCACCUGCGAUCUACGACAAGCAGCUGGAUGAGAGAGAACACUCCAUUGAUGAAUGGAAAGAGCUGAUCUACAAAGAGGUGAUGAACUUUGAGGAGAGAACGAAGAAUGGCGUUGUGAAGGGCCAGCCUUCACCCUCAGGUGCAGCCGUGAACAGCAGCGAGAGCCUCCCUCCGUCCACCUCCGUCAACGACAUCUCCUCCAUGUCCACCGACCAGACCCUGGCUUCAGACACCGACAGCAGCCUGGAGACCUCCGUGGGGCCGCUGGGGUGCUGCAGGUGACUAGCAGCCUGCCUGCGCAACCCCAUGUUCUUCCGUCGUUGAAGAACACACCCUAGGGCCCCCCCACCCACCCACUAACCAACCGGUCCCCCCACCAAACGAUCCAAAACUUAAAAUAGAAAGAAAACGACAAACAAAGAAUAUAAAAACACACACAAAAUAAAGUUUAACUUCAGGAAAAAUGGAAAUAGGUGAGACAUUCACGCGAAAACGACACAUUACCAAAAUCUCAAGCCUGCAUAUUUUGCUUAAAAUGAGAAAGAAAGAAAAGAAUCAAUUGUAUUUCAAAUAAAUUAAAUAGGCCGACAUACUUGUUUAUGAAAUCUAGUUGCUUUUCGCUUAUAUCUCCACCUCUCUCGCAUUACAUACAAAUAUAUGUAUACACAUAUAUAUAAUAUAUAUGUAUAUAUAUAUAUAUUUAAAUGCUUAUACCUCUCCCUGCAAACUGUACAGUGGCCAGCUACUGGUCUCCCGCCAUUACCUUUCAAAAUGUUUAUGCUUCCACCACCCAUCUGGUAAGGUGGUGCUGCUGUUUCCUCCAUCACAUCUCUGUAUAAAAUACAAAGAGAAAAAUACUUCACUUUUGUCCACUUUUACUCCCAUGCAACCCCUAUGUGAUGAUGAAACUUAAAUGGAAAUUAACCCUUCUCACCUGUGUGUGAGACCCCCUCCCCCCCCCAUCUAUCCACCCCCAGGAGCCUAACGUGAGGGUGCCAGAUGUAUGUUUGUAUGUAUGUGACUCUUCUGCAGGGAGCAUUCUUAACUGUUCCUUUGUUUUUGUAAAUACUGUAAUUCUGUACAGCUGAUGGGGGCGCAUGCAGUGAGUGGGACUUACGGCCAGUGUACACGUACAGACACACACACACACACGCAAACAAACACACACACACACAGAAACAAGUUCCUCGACUAGCACACCUUGCCACAUCACAUCAUCCCUUCCACCUUAGACCCGCCCCCCUGCCUGAAACCCAUUGUCUUCUUGCAUGGUUAAAUGAUGCUACGCUAAACCCACUGUAUGCUAAAGAUGAGUCUGUAGACACCUUUUUGUUUUGUUUGUGGACAAAAAAAACAACUUCAAAUCCAUACCCAAGGGAUUCUGUUUAGACGAUAAGGAUAGUAGUGUGCAUGUCUGUGCGUUUGUGUGUGUGUGCGUUUUUGUGCGUGAGACGUGAGGUUGUGUCAAUCAAACACAUGCAAAGACUGUAGGGAAAUUCCGUCAAGUGAAUGUCUUUUUGUUACUGCGUUCCGCUCGAAAAGGGUCAGUACACUUUUCUGCUAACAAGUUAAUUUCCCCCCCUCUUUUUGUAUCUGUUAGAUAAUAUAUGUGGACUGUGCCAUUCAAGUUUGUCUAGCACGCCAUUCACUGGUUGGCCAACAGCACUGCAUGUAAUUAUGAACCCUUUUCACCCCCCUAUACAAGGCAGGUUUGUCCUUUUCCAAGUCAAGGUGGUGGAUAUAUCUAGAGAUUGUGUGGUGUGAUGUGAAGGAUGAAAGUGUAGGCACAAAGGCAGGGUGGUGAGUUUUUACCUCAAAUGUGCUUCUAUUUUCUUUGGUCUAAAAUAUACAUUUUAGUGACAUAACCGCUUAUUCCAUCCGUUUGUGAUUUAAAAAAAGGGAAUAGGAAAUAGAAAUACCUGUUAUUUAUUGCUUUAUUUAUUAUUACAUUAUUAGAAUUAAUAUUAUUAUUAAACUGAAACUGAAUCUGGCAAGUGCCUUUUGGAAUGAUACAGUUUAUUUUUCUGUCAAUGUAAAGGGAUGGAGGAAAGGAGCUCUUGAAGUUUCUAACUGACAGAAGUGUCUUCAAGGAGGGUCACACCACAAUGCAAUAAUCCUACUUCUCCUGGUUUGUUUUCCUUGCGACCUCCAUCUCUCCUCUCUGUCUUAACCAAUCCUUUCAUUUCACUUCAUUGGUGAGCCACAAAAAAGAAAGAACUACAUCUCAGUUGUUGCUAGGCAAUGUUCUCAAGUUUAUAAUAUCAUAUUAUCCAAAGCGUUUGUGUGGGUGGAAGGAACAGCACGGAAUUUAAGAGCAGCCUUUUGAGAAUAUAUUCCGGUCACUUAAAUAAAUGAUUAAAGUUAAAAGUGCAGUAAGGCCCAUGUUCAUCCAUCAUAGCAGACACAGCACCAAUACUACUAGGCUUUAUUUAUGACUCUGUUCUCUGCAUGAAUAUUACUCACAUAUCAUUUGUAUGCACUAUAGGUGUGAUCCGCCACAAUUCAACUUUUGCUCCUCACACUUAAAUGCUUGUCUACUUAAAAGCUUUUUUUUCAUUUACUUGUUUAGAUUUUAUUUAAUUGGAUGUAUUCCAUUCAUGUAAAUAAUGAAAUAAUCAUAUUUUACACAGGGCUGUACAUCUGCUGUAUGGUAUAGGAAUACACCCUGAAUUGGCAGGUAGACAUUUUUUUCUUUGUGGGCACAGAGAUUAGAUUAGAGUAACAUAUCACUUACCUAACCCAUUUUUGCACAGGGACCCUAUCAAUCUCUUCCAUCUGUAAAUAAGGUGUAAACUGCAGGUACAGAAACCAUUCCUACGAAUAGUGCUACAAUAAACGACUAUAAGUAACACAAUUCCAUCUACUAUAUGAAUACUAUGGAUUGUCCCUUUGCCAAGUAGGAAUCGCAGAUGACUAAUAUCUCCUAAAAGACGAAUACCUGUGUGGCGUCCUGAUCAUUCCAUACAUGAAUUGCCACUCAUUGCUCAUUAAAGGGAGCGUGAAGGGACGUAUCGCCGUGCGCCGUGUUCUGAGGCAGAACCAACAGAACAACAGAGGCAGCGACCACACAACAUGGCCCGUUCACCACGGGUUGAGGUCCACUUCAUGACCCCUAGUGGCAUUUGCAUGUCAACGCCGGCCCUUACACAACAACACGCACUAUAAUACCAAAAGCUGUGGCCAUAACUCAUAACCAUUAUCGUGUUUGUCCUCUAACCCUGUGCUUUAUGUCUCAAACCCCCUCCCUUUACCAGUGUAGGUAAAGGCGGGGAGAAAAGGGGAGGAGGAGGGAGGCUUCUCCAUCGUAGGGUUAGCCUAGCGGUUAGCCUAGCGAGCUAAACUAAGCUAACUUCAGGGUCUGGUCUGGGCACUGUAAAAAACAGGGUGGUCAUUUAGUAGUUUGAAAUAAUGUACUGAAUUUCUGCUACUGGGUUUAUUGUGUUAAAGCGGGUUGUAUCUUUUCCACAGGGCAUUUUUAACCAUGACACCGAUUUCCUUUUUCACUAAAAUAAAUAAUGUCAUACUUACAUACACGUUGACGCACGUUGGUACUUUUAUCUCCAUGUUCCCUUUCUCUGAAUGUGAUUUUUUUUUAUUGUGAUAUGAAACCACUUAUUACAGUUCAGUUAAGUUUCUUUCAACAUGGGGGUGGGGGGGUCUCUCAGCACUGAAUGUAGAAAUGUAUGUUUUUUCUCUAUCGCUAUACAGUUCAUACAUGCGCGUGUGCAACGAGAAAGAAACCAGCAUUCCUCAUAUGACUUCAGGAAUGUUGAUGGAUAGGGUAUACGUGGGCUGGAUUGUGUGUGUGUUUGUGUGUUCGUGUGCGUGUGCGUGUGUGUGCGCGCGCGCGCAUGCGUGUGUAUUUGGAAAUUAGCGCGUUCAUUUUCAUUCACAUUUACGGUAGAAAUAUAGAAAUAGUUACGUGUUCAAAUCCCCUAUGAAACAAAGAUUAUAUGAUGGAAGCGUUAUUCUUUUUUAAAAUCGAAUAUUUUGGAUUGAAUUUGAAAUUAAUGCCAUUCAUGUUUAAAGAAGACGAGUUUCUGUCACAAUCAAAACAAUUAUCAAACCCAGUACGUUGUGGCAAGCCAAAAAAAUAAAUAAAUAAAAUUAGGUUCUAAAACUGCCCAAUAAAUAAUAUCUAUCACUUUUUGAUUAUUGGCAAAAUAUAUAUAUACAUUUAUGGGAAGAAGUGACUGCUGUCAGACCUGAGAGGUCAAGGAGAAAAUACUAACAGGCCUAUGUGUUUUAGGAGUUUUAAACGUGAAAACCCUCUAAGCAGAUGAGACACCAUGUAUAGUUAAUCUGAAUCAGGUGGUGUGUUUUAGUUUUUUUUCAUUUUAUUCUAUGCUGGUUAAUGAAAACAGGUUGACCAUACCAGAUUUCAAAUGUAUCCGUUUUCAUGCAGAUGAUUUUGAAGCCUCAGGCGUUCAUAGCGUUCCAAAUAAAGUCUAAAAUAAAACAAAUGCAAAUGAAAAGAAGUGGUUCAAAAAAUUACUGAAAGCUGUAACGUUAAACACUCAACAUUUUAAAGGAACUGUGUAUGUAAAAAAUAGUAUAUGUAUGUGAUUGAAAAUAAACAAAAACCUUUGACCUUG